AUGGAUCAAGGCCAACCCUGGGCGUUUAUUUGUGUUGGUGUAUUGAUUGUACUUGUAGUAUUUCGGUGGAACAUCAGCCCGCUGAACGACAUUCCCACCGUCGGCAACUUCUCGACUCCCGCGUUGUCAUAUCUUUCUGCGAUGGCCUUCAUCCGUCGCGGGAAGGAGACGCUCCAAGAAGGCUAUAGACUGUACUACGGCUCUGUGUUUAAGAUCGCCUUGCUCGACCGAUGGAUGGUCAUCUUUUCAGGCCCGAAAAUGGUUGAAGACAUUCGGCGGCGGCCUGAGGACGAGCUGUCCUUCACCGAGGCCGUGCAAACUAUAUUACAGUACAAGUAUACUGUCGGUCAGAAAAUGCAAGACGAUCCAUAUCAUACCGUCGUCGUGAAGGAGAAGCUCCAAAAUCGCCUGCUCCCGUUUAUAUUGCCCAGCUUGAUCGACGAAGUCGCUCCAGCGGUGGAGAAAUAUUUGCCCACUACAAAUGAAGAAUGGACUACCGUCGACAUUUCGGCCGCUGCCUUGAAGAUCGUUGCCCGCACCAGUAACCGCGUGUUUGUCGGAUCGCCAUUAUGUGAUGAAGAGUAUAACGACACCUCCGCCCAAUUUGCCAUCGAAAUUGUUAAGGCUGGAACGGCCCUCUUCCUCUUCCCAGACUUACUGAAACCACUCGCGGCCCCAUUCGUCAGCAAGGUGAAACGAACAACCAAGCGCGCUCUACACCACCUCCGGCCGAUCAUCCAGGAGCGCCGGACGGCUAUGCAUCAGCAGGGUAAAGAGUGGCUUGACAAGCCAAACGACGUUCUGCAGUGGAUCAUCGACCGAGCUGUGGUCAAGGAUGAGACCGACGCAGAUAUCACCGAGAGAUUGUUGCUGCUGAACUUGGCUGCCAUUCACACAUCCUCCAGCAGCGUCCCUCAUGUCCUGUAUCAUCUUGCUGAGCAGCCAGAGCUCCUCGAACCCCUCCGGGAAGAGAUCGAAGCCAGUGUUGAUGCAGAGGGAUGGACGAUGUCCGCUUACGCCAGGAUGUGGAAGCUUGACAGUAUUCUCCGCGAAUCCCAGCGCUACAACGGGUUUACUCUCGCAUCCAUGAUGCGAGUCGCGAUGAAAGACAUCGUGCUCGACAACGGCACGUUCAUCCCCAAAGGCACGCUCCUCGGCGCAGCCGCGCAUCCGGCACACCACGACAACGCACAUCUCCCCAAUGCGGACCUGUUCGACCCGUUUCGCUUUUCGCGCAUGCGCGAAGCCGGUAGCUCCUCGGGCUCCUCGCGGCUCCAGUUUUCCAGCACCUCCCCAGAGUACCUCCCUUUCGGCCACGGACAGCUUGCGUGCCCUGGGCGUUAUUUUGCCGGGAACCAGCUCAAGGCGAUACUCUCGCAUAUUAUACUCAAUUACGACCUGAAGCUCUCCAACAGCAAGGACGAUGGCCCGCGGCCGCAGCGGCCCUCGAACGUCUACCUCUCCCUAGCCAUCCUCCCUCCCAUCGGUGGGACCAUCCAGUUUAGGAAGCGCGCCGCGGUAUGA